AUGAAAAUAUUGUCUAAAGGUUGUGAGAUAGUGGCUGUUUAGAAUGAGAAGGUGCACUCUAUUAAGAGUGAGCACUAUCUGGAAAAUGAAGAUGUCGAAUUAUACAUAUUUUAGGAUGAAAGUGUAAAAUCCAUAGAGUAUAUUCAUUACAAAGACAUUCUCAAGAAAGGCGUGAAGAAAAUAAGUGGAUUAGGAGGUUUAGAGAUAGUUAUAACGCAAUGUCUUAAUCCAAAUCAAUUAAAUAUGGAAUAAAAUGACCAAGAGUUCAAUUGUCAUGCUGUUAGAAAAUGGUUAAACUUUAAAUCAUAGAAUUAGUUACAUUAAUUCAAUUAACUCUACAGAACUCUUAAAGAUCUCCAAAACGCACAAGCAACUAUCACUCAAGUCAAAUAGAAUGAUACAAUUGAAGCUUUCCAAAGUUGCGUGGAUCUCUCAGUUCUUUCUAAUAGGAAUGACAGUUUGAAGGAAUUGGAGUAGCAAUAUGUCAAGGGCCAAAUGAAAUGGGCAUAAAUCGAUAUGGAAAAUGCAGAAUUGGCCACGAGAAUCAGAUUAUUACAAGUUGAAUUGCAAUAAAGAAAGUAGGAAAUCAAUAAACUGAAAUACCAAUAUGAAAACAAUGCCUAUUAAUUAUUAUAAUCAAAACAACAAUUGGGAGAUGUAAUAAAUCAGGCUAUAGAAAUUGGAGAUUCCUAAAUUUUGGCAAAACUUGGAUUAUGA